CAUGGGCGGUAGAGGGCAGUAUGCCAAAAACACACUGCCAAAAUAACGGUCGACUUGACGGCGGGUUGCUCGAAAUAAAAACUUCACGAUUUUUACAUGGAUUACGAUACAGGAAUGAAGUCAUGAUGAAGGGCUCUAAGAAACAAAAGACCGUUGGCCAAAACAAGCCAAGUCAGGCCUCAUUAGUAUCAAGAGGAUUAGCAGUGAAGCCUUCUUUAACAAGGUAUGUUGAUGGUAAAACUAGCGAUCCUCCGUCCGUCCGCUCAGGCUACUCCCUGUACUCAUCCGACUCGGAGAGCACCGCCGGGGAAGUCAAUCAAGGAUUGAAUCGGUGCGCCAAACUCCUGGCCAACAUCUUAGACACCAACGACCACGGGCAUUCCAUCAAGACUGGGCUUGCGACAUACAGACACCAAGGACAGAAGUCCAAGACCAACGCCAAACCUCACCGAAGUCACCCCAGCAAACCGGACCCCAAGCCCCUCAAAAAUAGCCAGAAGAAUCCGGUCCCAGAACGGAAAUCAACCAGAGCCUCCCAGACAAAGAAACAUCAUUCUAAGACCUCGAAGAGAAAAGACGCUGUUACUUCAACAGUGUCUGUACUUCCGGAAGCAAAACAAGGAAGACGCGAAGCGUCGGAGUCCAAACGUUCCGUGUCGUCGACCGUUCACGUCAUCCCAACUGGAACUGAUGAUUCAGGAGACAAGCCUGUUGCUGGACCAAGCACUGCUCACAAAGCCCCAACCAUAACAAGGAACAUUAAGCAUCUAACAGCUCCAGGAUUCCAAGACCAUCUCAUGUCAUCCACACCCGCAGAACGAGAAUCACCCAAGAAGCCUCAAGGACUCACAGCCACACCGAAUCAAACCCCUAAACCUCCAAGUCCCAGUCGGGGUAUUCAGCCAACAACCCUUGCCAAGCCGCUUUCUGGCCCCAGAAAUCACCCAGUCACUUCGAGGAGAGAUCACGACGACACAAACUUGAGAAACAAGUCGCCAACAGGCUUGACAUAUUCUCCAAGAGAGAGGAACGCACCAGUUGACAAAACAGAAGGCUUCGUUGGGGACAUUGCUGUAGAGUCCAUGCAGAAGCCGGAACCAGGCAAGGAUUGGAUGCAGUGGUAUGACGAGUCCGUCGCUAAACAGACUAUGUACGAAGGCCUGGCAAGAGCGCCGAAAAGCCCUUCCUCACACGAACGUGAAAGUGGACACGACGAGGCACCCACUAAACCAGAAAGGGAUGCUCAUCGUGGCAUUUCAGGCAGCGUAGUUCCUGCACGACACCCGAUGAGGCAGCCACUUCCUCAGCCUCUGACGGACAGUGAAGAUUUGCUCAGAGACUUGGUACAACAGCUGACCAUCCUCAACCAGAGCGACAAGUCAUCCGUCCCGCUUGGCAAAACCGAACAGGUUCUGCAAGGGUUGAUCCAAAACAGGCAGCACGCUCCGUCGAAAGAUAUCAGUGAAGAAGCCAAAGAAGCGAACAUUCAGCCUAUGACCACGGACACUGGUCCCCCUCCAUACGCCGGUCGGCAUUACCAUAACCAACAAAGUUCCCAAUUGGACAGGGAGCAACCAUCGCUGAGGCAACUUCUGUCUGAUUUCCGUCAAACUCCCUCACGGCAGACUCCGAGAAGCAUGCGGCGAGAUGAUAACACCCCUACCUUUACUUCAGUUGCUCCACCCUUUAAUGGUGGUGUAACAUUUAAAAACAGGCAUCCAACAGAGAUGACUGACUUGCAGCCUACAAAAGACACUCAAAAGUCGCAAGCAGAAGUGCCUGACAGUUUAUCUUCACCACAAGAGGCUUUCGUUACACCUAAGAAAGCUCCUCUUCGUAAUGAUUUUGAGGAUGAUACAUCAAAUUAUGUUUCAACACCUUUUGUUCAUCACGGCGGCUAUAACGUUCCUGAUCCAGAACAAGAAAAGUACAUUCAAGUCGGUAAGCCAGCCGCUCAUGUCCCCACCAGUCCACCGCAGAGCUCUGAGCCGUUGACCGUAGAUCACAGAGGCCAGACCCUCAAGCAGAGUUGCUUGCAGCAGAUCAGGACAUUGAAGUACCUGCUGGGGGAACUGCAAGCUGUUCUAGCAGAUCAUGAGGACAUUGAAGUAUCCAGGCUCCUGAAUGAACUAGAGGAAGUGUGCAACACGCUGCCUUACACCACUCGGAAGCAGCUCCUGGACCUGAACACCGAGGUCCUGCUGGCCCUCCAACCAUUGCAGUCAGAGAACGGCCAGCUGCGCAGACGUCUACGCAUCGCCAACCAUCAGCUCCAGAGCAGAGAGAUGGCUGAGAAGAAAGACGAGGGGUCUAUGAGCCUAGAGGCCAUGGCUCUUCAGGCUCUCAAUUCCAACCUUCAGAAGCAGCUUCGUCAAGAGAGACAGGAGAAAGAACAGAUGGUGAAGAACAACCUGGAGAUGAGUCAAAGCUUAGAAGAGAAGGAGCAACAACAUCAGAACAUGCUCAGGAUAUUGAAUGAUAAGGACAGCAACUUGCUUAAAACCCGUCAGGAGACCCUGGCCGAGUUGCAGGACCUGCGCGAGGCACGCAGCGAGCUCCAGUCCAAGGUGGACUAUCUGGAACUGCAGGUUGAGGGCGCCAGCAAAGAGACGCGGAUACUUCAACUGAGCCUGGAGCAGAGGGACAACGAGAUUGCAAGACUGAAGAGUUUCAACCAGAGUCUUCAGGAGCAGAUCAGCAAGCUGAGGAGUCAGCAGGGUGAAGAUCCCACGUCUCCCAAGACCUCAGGAGGAAUAGGCCUGCAGAGAAUGAGUCGACUUCUUAUGGAAAGGAGUCCAAACAAAGCCAACAAGGAAAAUAUCCAGAGUUCAUCGUAUCACUCCGGCUCUACCCCUAGGAAGCAUCUCCAGUCCGCCAAGAAGUCUCAUGACCCGUCAGUCUCCAAUUCCGUGUCUCACAAUCACGCCAGGGGCUUUCGGAACUCACUCACGAAGAGCCCCAAGCAGCGAGUAACGUUCCUAGACACUCACACUCACAACCAGAGAGGCCAAGACAUCAGUGAGUGGGCCAGGACCGACACGCUAUGGAAAGACCAGCAGGAACUGCCCGGUGACUUGAUAAGCUUUGAAGUGGAGGGGAUUAAACCUUUUCCAAAACAUGAUUCCUCCGGGGCUCACGUUUCAGUUUCUCCGGACAGGCCCAGUUUUUCCCCAACACGAGGAUCCACGACACCGAAUUUGAUCAGUGACACCCUUCGGCAAGAUACCACAAACGCCGGGGAAAACAGAUUCAGAGACAAAAUGACAUUUGAAAACAGAAUGUCACCGUACCAUUUGGAUCUAGAUAUCCCCGAGCCAGCUUUUGGAAAAGACUCCAGACCAGUGAUUGACGUUAACCCAGCCAUGCCAGAGCCCCGCACAGAAGGAAACUCGUACAGAGCAACUUGGGAUGUCGCCAGUAAACCCGCGAUAGCGUCAGUAAUCUCAGAUUCCACAGUGUCUUCCAUCACCACGGAGUACGAGGCACAGUUCCAGAGUGGACUCAGAGACCUGGACGCUGAGAUCGGCAAGUUGCAAGCUAGCCUGAAAUACAGUGCAUUCAAGCCAUUAUGAAUUGAUCCGAUUAUGAAGUAGGCUUUCAGUCCAUUAGAGCAUACUUCUCCUGUCCUCUCCCUUAUAGCAGCCCUCUCAUCUGGGAUGCACCCUGUGGGUCUCUUAAACAUGUUGCCUACAUAAUGAAAAGGCAGAAUAUAAUGGUUCACACAACUACACUGUGAAAAUUUGUGGUUUUCGUGUUAUCAGCAUCCAAAGGAAUUUCAUGAUACAAAAGUUUGUCCUAAAAAAUCAAGUCAUCGGAAUGCUACUCAUAAUUCCAGUUUGUUUGAGAUCUCUUCUUGUAUGGUAGAUGUAAAGUUUUCACCUUCGAAAUUCAUGGACAUUCUAUCAUAUGAUGGCACCUUUGUCUCAGUAUAGGCGGCUCAUGGUUCAAUGAAUUUAUUUUCUGCUUUAAAAUUGGGCAAGGUAAAAACCUCGUGUGUCAGAUAUAAAUAAGCAGGGUUUUCAAUAUUUUCUUCAAAUUUGAAAGACACGUAUGUGGAAAUUUCCUUUGACCUAGACCUUUGUAAUGUGCUUACAAGUAAACAAUCUAGAACACUAGAUUUCGGCAAUCUCUUGACUAACAGUAAGGUUGUGCAUCGGAACCGGAUAUCCGAGUACCCG